UCUGUCGGAUUGUUAGGAUUUUUUAUCCCGUCUUAUCGAAGCUCUUUAAAGACCUUGCAGAUCUGAAGGAAGAGGAGUUUGCCAAGGAAGAGUUAUCGUGUGAUGCACCCGCGCGGAGCAGGUUGAGCUCCACCGAGAAAUUCUCCAACCGGCCAACGAUCCUCUCGCGAUCUCUCUCUCUCUCCCGUUCGCUGUCCUCGCUGUAGGUCCAUGCAAGCAGUCUUAACAAGCCGAGCUUUCCUCUUUUCUGAGCAUCCAAAAGUUGUAAUCUUCCAGCCAAGCCUUAACGCAACGCCCCACUCCCAGGCAUAUCGUCCUCGGCACACCCAGCUCUGGGGAGAGCUGCGAGCACGUGGAGCAGCGUACGCGGUAAUGAUGAUCUCCGAUGGCGCUUCAACACAACACCACCGAACACCGAACACGGCACGAUCGUUCGGCUUCAACUGCUGUAACUCGGCAUCGUUCGUAGCAGUUACGAAACCUGCUGUAACGGCAUCGCGAUCGGUCAGUCUGCUUAAACCCCACUGGAGCUCUACACACAUGAGGCGCGUGCGUUGAUCUUCGUCUGGCUUCAGUUGCUACAGACGCGAAUUGCUCGCAAUGUAAUUGACGUGGCGGGCGUGCGUGCGUGCUUGGUUCAGUGUUCGCAUACGAAGAAGUUCCACAUUCCAGCACAGGUGCCCACUUUCUCCAAGAAGGUGGUGCUUCCGGCGGUGGUGCCCGGUUAAGGUUCCAGUGACUGUGUUCGAAAUCUCGAUCUAAUCAGUGUAUAAGGAAUAGAAAAAAAGACAGAUGAGUUACGCUAUACGCAGGCUGCUCCGUGCAGCCAUGUGCGUGUUUAGCUGGUUCGUCAUGCCCUACUCGCAGUGCGUUAGCGGUCGGAUAGAGCGCCGCAAGCUCCCACCAAUCGAAGAUCCGCUGCUGCUCCUGUCGGCCACCGUGCUUGCCGAGCGCAUCCGCAAGCGCGAGAUACGCAGCGAGGACGUGGUCCGUACGUACAUCCAACGGUGUCAGCAGGUCAACCCGCUGCUAAACGCCAUCGUCGAGGAUCGUUUCGAAGCCGCACUGGAAGAGGCCCAGGAAGUCGACCGUCAGCUGGCGAAGGGUACGCUCGGACCCGCGGAAGAGUUAGCUCGCACCAAGCCCCUGCUUGGGCUGCCGGUUUCGAUCAAGGAAAGCUUAGCCGUCGAGGGCAUGAGCAACACGGCCGGUCGAAAGCUGCGCGAAAAGAAGGUCGCACUCAGUGAUGCGCCCGUCGUGCACCAGAUUAAGCGGGCCGGUGGCAUUGUGCUGCUCGUAAGCAACACGCCCGAACUGUGCCUGUGCUGGGAAACGUACAACCAGUGCACGGGUCUAACGCGCAACCCCUACAACCUGCAGCGUACUGCGGGUGGAUCGUCCGGCGGUGAGGCCGCACUGAUUGCGGCGGCCGGAUCGCUGCUCGGCGUUACGACCGAUAUUGCCGGCUCUUCGCGCCUACCAGCCAUGUUUACUGGCGUGUUCGGGCACAAACCUUCACCGUACGUGGUGUCACCGUACGGGCACCAUCCGUCCUGUGACGAUGAGAACUGGGGCAGCUUCUUCACGCCGGGCGCCAUGUGCCGGUAUGCGGAGGAUUUGCCGCUCCUGCUGGAAGCGAUGCGCGAUCCGGAAGGUACGCCCGUGACGCUGCACAAACCGGUACCGAUCGGGGCGCUCAAAUGCUACUACAUGGAGAACGAUGGACCGUCCGGUUUGACGCGCCCGAUCGAUGCCGACAUCGUGCAGGCGAUCCGGGACGUGGCGGCACACCUGAACGCACAGCGCGUCAACCUCAAGCGGCUGCGCUGGACGCUGGACAUUUCGGUGUGCAAGAUGCUGCGCAUGAAGAACGUGGAAACGAUCUACAGCCCGCAGGCGAACGGCAAGCCGGACACGACGAUGAAGCGCGAGGUGUUCAAGUAUCUGCUCGGUAUGUCGAAGUCCGAUUUGCCCUCCGUCAUGAUCGGCCCGAUGCAGCACAUCGUGAACAACUACAUACCCCAGUCCCGGCUCGACUUUCUCGAUGCGCAGACGGAGAAGCUGCGCAAGGACUUUAUCGAUCUGCUCGGCACGGACGGGGUGUUUAUCUAUCCCGGCUUCCCGAACACGGCCCACCGGCACUAUCGCAUCUUUCACAAGCUGGUCGACACGACGUACAUGAUGGUGUUCAACACCGUCGGGCUGCCGGCCGCCUCCUGCAUGGUCGGGUUCGAUCGCGAGAAGCUCCCGAUCGGCGUACAGAUUGUCGCUGCCCCCGGACAGGAUCAUCUUAUCUUUGCGGUAGCCAAAGAGCUAGAACGACGGUUCGGUGGUUGGGUGGCUCCUGUCUAAAUUGGGGGGGUUUUCAACCCGUAACAACCCAGGAGACACACUCACCAGCAAAUGUGCGGCCCAGCCGUCAACAAUGAGAUUGUGAUUUUUACGAGCUUAGUCUAAGAUUUCCUGUAACUGUUUUUUUCUGUUUUUGAUUGUUGUUACUUCGUUGUUUUCUUUGGAACUGUUUCCGCCUCUGUAUAUGUGUAUGUGUGUGUAUGUACAUUGUUUCAUAGUACGGAAUUUGCAUUGCAAUAUUUCGAUAAAUUGUUAUUUUCUAAAACAAAAAAAGCGCGUCUCUCUACUGUUGAUCAAUUGGAUACACUCCGCCGGAGUUUUAAAUACAGAAAAAACGGCUCUUUAAUCUUCAAACGCGCGUAAUGUUGAUCGUUAUCGUUAGCAUGUGUGUUAGCAGCAUCAUUGUGGUUGUGUUUAUCAGAAAUACAAAACUAGUAUGAACGCAAAUGGAACAGCAACAAGAGACUGGUUGGCUAUAGGAACAGGCUACAGAGGAUGGUGAUACAUUCAAUGUUUAAAAAAACAGUGGACAACUGAUAGUUUUAGUGAUACAAAUAAUAAAACUGAGUACAUAAUGUUUAA